AUGGAGAUGCCCAUUACCAUUGUACUUUUUGCGGAUAUGGAGCUUGAUGUUCAAAAGUUCUUACAGAGCCAUGAGCAGCAGCAGUUCGAGUUCCAGCAUUUUCCUACUUCGUAUCUCCGCCUUGCCGCUCACCGUGUUGCUAACCACUAUGGACUAGCUACUUUGGUUCAAGACGGUGGUGUUGAUGGCAAUGAGAACAAAAUCCUUGUGGCAAAACAGCGGCGAGCAGAGAAUGGUAAGUUUGAGCACAUGAAAGUUUCCAUCAAGACUCGACCUUCUAAAGGAUCUGGAUAUGACGCUGGUGAAGUUGAAAAGAAACGUGGUCCUCUUAGGAGUGUUGAAGAGAGGAAAGAAGACUAUGACAAGGCUAGAGCGCGGAUUUUUAAUAAACAUUUUAUAAACUAA